AAAGCUGGUCCUUAAAUUUAGAUGAUAAUAAAACCAAUAAUACAAUUAUAAAAUCCAGAAUUAUGUAAAAAUGUACAAAACUUAUUAUGGACGGCUUUUUAUGAAUAUUACAGAGAAACCAACCCACCUUACGUACAUUCCAUAGGUUUUUUUCUUUGUAGUCCCACUUUUUUCCCCAUGUUUAAAUCUGUAGUUUGGUUUGAUAUUAAUUUCCCAUAUCUGAUUUCUUUAGACUAGUGGGAGAGAGCAGUAAGGGAUCUACGUCACACAGCAUUUAUUAGCAUAAAAGUUAAGUGCGGACCUUUAAAUGAGCAUAGUGAUUGGGAAUUUCUAUAUUCUGAGAAUGUCAUACAAUGUCUUGGAAUUGGAAUAUGCUGUCUACCUGAGUGUGGAAAGUAGACUUGGUUUCAAAGAAAUGUGAAUUUUGGGUAAUUCAUCCGAAUUUCGUAACUCCCAAAUGCCAUAUGACUGAAUCACAAAACAAAAUGUGAAAAGUGACCAAUAACGGAAAAAAAGUGAUAGCAGUGAAAAAAAAAUCUAUAUUUAUAUAAAAAUAUAAUAUAUAAAUAUAUACAUAUAAUAAAUAUAGCAAAAUAGAUAAUUUUUUACUGAUCUCUUUUUUCCCUCUAUUGACUACUUCUCACCUGAUCUGUGAAUCAAAUUAUGGGAAUAUACGCCUAUCAGUAUACAGCAAAAUAUAUACAUAACAUAAUAUAGAUACUAUUUACGUUUUGCAGAACACUUUUGCAAUAUGCAGUUUUGAGCCAUUCUGGAUUGUCCCAAUCGUGUUUCCAAAAAUGGCAUGAAAUUUGUUUAAACCGAAACACCCUCGUUUUGAAUCACUCAAACAACAUUUUUUUCCCUGACAAAUCAGUUGGGCUUAACCAAAAUUUUAACGGUGCACAUGUCUUGGCAAAAAUCCUAUAUUAGACAUGAUUUUAAUAUUAGUAUGCCUUCUCUGAUUCUUCAUUAGGUCAGUAGGGGAAUUAGAAACCUGCACAGCUUUUUAACCCUGUGGACCUCUCUACAUAAAGACCUGUAAUGUAUAAUGCCACUUUUGAUUGACCCAUUGUCCAAGAAGCCUGCUGCUAUAUUUUUUUCUGAAAUCCAACAAUAGGGCCUUAAGCACCACAGCAGUGAAAGGUGACGUAUCUUUGUGAUAUAUAUGGCUGUACAACUGUAUCACUGUGCAUCACAAAGUUCCAGGCACUGCUAUGCUUAAAGGCACAUUUUUUGGAACCAGAGAAACACAGCAAUGUUUCGACCCAGAAUUAUCUUUGUCAAGCUGAUUUUGGGUCAAAAUGUUGAUGUGGUUCCAAUAAAUGUGUCUUUAACCAUAGGACUGCAUGGACCUUCUUUCUUCAACUGGUAUUUAUAUUUUGAUGGGAUAGUGCUGGCCCAUGGUCCAGUUAAGCACCUUAUUGGCUUGUGGAUUGGGUGAAAUUCCUGUUACCUGUUUAUACACAUCUCGCUGACUGGCCUGAAACAACACUUUGUCUAUGAACUGAAUACUCAUACAGAUAGGAAUAACAAAUACCUUGAGAUAUACUGAAGCUGAGAAUACUCCAGAGUUUUUAUUAUUGUUGUGUGUUACCCAGUCAUUCCUUGGAACCCCAGCAGUGAAUACAAUGCCUCCUCAUCACCCAGUAAUGGAAACAAAGAAAUGGGAAGAGUUUGGAGACAACACCAUAUGUUAACCUGUCCCACCAUAUAUUAACCUGUCCUGAAUACUCAAAUCUUUUUGGGUAUAAUGCGACAAGAUUUGCACACCUGGAUGUUCUGCCAUUCAUCUCUGCAGAUCCUCUCAAGCCCUCUCUCGGGUAGAAUGAGGACUGUAUGUGUCUCUCCUGAGUUGCUUGAUUGGGCUCAAAUCGGGGCUCUGGCUGGGUCACUCAAGGUCAUUCACAGAGUUGUCCCUAAGUGACUCUUGUAUUGACUUGGUUGUGUGUUUGGAUCUAUGUCCUGUUGUACAGUAAACUGUCAACCCAGUGUGAGGACUCUGGACCAGGUUUCCACAAAUAAUUUCUCUCUAAAAUUUUCUGAAUUCUGCUUUCCCUCAACCGUUGUCAUGGAACCUGUCAGAUUAACACAGCCUUAUUGUGUCAUAUUGAUGCAGAGGGUCCAAACUCAUGCCAUUCUAAUGCCGUUGCUGGCACAUGCUGGCUCUCUUGAUUCUUGACAUUCUUGACUCUGAGAUAUCCUGUGUCAUUUCCAAAGCAGAUAUUCCUGAUUAGGUGUAGAAGGAAUGAAGCAGGACAAUCAGUAGAGUUUUAGGACUAUUUAAACCCCUCCUUGCAUGCUGCCUUUGCUUUGUUGUGGUUUCCUUUGUGGUGAUCUGAGAGUGUGCUACAUAUUGCUAUUACUGAUUCCUGGUUUGCCAAUUUUUGUCUUGUCUUGACUAUACUUCAUUCUGUAAUCCCCGACUCUGGCUUUGACUUUUGGUAAUGUCUAGCUCUGUAAUGAUUUGUAUUUUGUAUUUUGACUUCGCUAUUUCUCCUUGCUAUUUUACACUAAGCCCUGCCAUCUCUAAAGAUCAGUAAUACGUAUCUAUCCAUUCUUCCUUCUACCUUUUAUAUUUAUUUGAUUUAAUUCUAUGCGUUGUGUGUCACCCUGUCCUGACAACCCUGACCAGUCUUCCAGUCAAUGGCAGUACAAAAACACAGCUAAAGCAUGAUGCCACCACCAUGCAUCGCUGUCGGGAUGGUAUUGUGUAGGUGAUGAGCGGUGCCUGGUUUCCUCUAGACAUAACUAUUUAAAUUGAUGCCAAAUAGUUCAAUAUUCAGUUCAUCAGACCAGAGAAUCUUAUUUUCAGUCUCAGAGUCAUCUAUUUGUUUCUUUGCAAAUUCCUGUCAGUCAGCCAUAAAGGCCAGAUCUGUGAAGUGUUGUAGUGAUGGUUAUGCUUCUGCAAGUUUCUCUCAUCUUCACACAUGAUUUCUGGUACUCACACAGAGUGACCAUCGAGUUCUUGGUCACUUCUGUUGCCACGGUACUCCUUCCUUAAUUGCUCAAUUUGGCUGGGUAGCAAGCUCUAGGAAGAGUCUUAGUUGUUCCAAACUUUUUUUAAUUUGAGAAUUAUGGGACUCUUGGAACCCUUCAAUGCAAUGGUUUUUAAGGCCUUCCCCUGAUCUGUGUCUCAACACAAUAUUGUUCCUGAGCUCUGCAGGAAGUUCCUUUGAUUGACUUUAUAUAGAUAGGUGUGCCUUUUCAAGUCAUGGCAGUCAAUUGAAUUUGCCAAAUGUGGACUCAAAUCCAAGUGUAUAAACAUCUCAAAGAUGAUCCAGAGAAUCGCUACAUAAUGCUGCUCCCACGUAUCUAUCCUCCCUUAUACACAAGUAUGUCCCGUCUAGGCCCUUGCGAUCUGCUGAAGACUUACGUCUAUCUUCUGUCCGUACUCCCACCUCUGAUGCUCGCCUUCAAGAUUUCUCGAGGGCUGCACUGUUCCUGUGGAACUCGCUUCCCUUCUCCGUUAGAUGCUCACCCAGUCUCCACUCCUUUAAAAAAUUGUUAAAAACCCACUUCUUCAUAAAAGCGUAUCAAUUAAACUGUUAAUAGCUCCUGACUGAUUCCUCUUCUGCAACUGUCACUAGUCACUAGCAUUUUGUUUUCCCCCUCUUUAUUUAUGUAUGUCAAAACAGGAAGCACCACCAUCUUAGUGGUGGUGAGAUGCUUCCUGCAAUGACCAAAUAUGGACAUUCAAUUACCAUUUCCUGCUGCUACACCUGUCUCCAAUAUUGUAAAUUGGAGGCAUAUAUAGGUGGGUCAGCAAAUGGGAGGUAAUACUGCACUUGAAAAAGACCCUGGAGGGUCGAAACGCGCUGUGCUAGCUGCUGUGUCAGCAAUUUUUGCUUUUAUUAUUUUAUACCAAAUGUUUAUUUUAACAGUUCAUCUUACCUGGUUCCUGAGUUCCUGCUAAGAAAAACGUAUUACAAACAUCUAAGAGGAGGAUCAGAUCCAGUGUAUCCCUUGAUGGAUGAAAUACCUUUAUAGUCCAGAGCCUAACUUAUGUGGCUCUGGAAAACGUGAGUGAACCUUUUUUAUUCUCCACAUAUUGUAAAUAGGUUUCAACAGUAUACAGUAUGUUGUUUUCUCGUAUAUAUUAUAUAUAGGGUCCACAGUUACUGUCUGUUUCUGAAAAUAGGACCUAUACAAGAUUUUAAAGGUAAAAUAUUCCACUGUUUGUGCGCUUUCACCCUUUUUUUUUCUGUUCACUAUUUGUAGAGUAAGACCGCAUUUGUAGAGUAAGACUGCAAUGCUCUCUGAAUGCACAGUAUCUUCAGAAACUAUUAUCUAGGGUUGAGCAUUUCUCCCAUCUGUUCCUCGUUCAGAAGAAAAGUCUCUAUUUUGAAACUCCAUUUUUACCUCUUUUCUCUCCUAUCAUAUAAUGUUGUGCAUUAUGGUGAGUUGUAAAACAGAGCAUUAUAGCAAUAAUACAAUAAUGCAACAUUAAAUAAUAAUAGAUGAGUUUAGAUACUUAUCCAAAAAGGUUUAGAAAUUAGUCUGUACAAUAAAGACACCUGUUUUCUAAAUUAUAUUUCACCUCCAAAAUGGUUAUCAUUGCAGCAUGUCAUCAAGUCACCUAAAAUGUCCCAGUAUAGCUCUACCCCCUGGUCCUGCCUCCAGGCACAUCCAAUCUUUGGGAGAUUUAUUUCUUUCUGAUUCUCUGUGAGACCCUUUAUGAUCACAUCUUACUCCGCUAACGUUCCUGAAAGCUCUUGUUAACCUGCCCUCAAACAGUUACUCGGUGAAUUUAAGUUUCAUUUGCAAUAACAUCUCCUCUGAGUGCAGCUCCUAAGGGACUCUGAGACUGAAAAAUAAAAUUUUCUGGUCUGAUUGAAGAUUGAACUGGUUGGCCUCAAUUUAAAGUGUUAUGUCUGGAGGAAUCCAGGUACCCUCAUCACCUAAUUUUUCGUAUUUUCCUGCUUCUUCUUUCCUAUGCUUUCUUCACCCUCUUGAGGUGGGAUACUGGUCUAACCAAUCAUUGUCCUAUCCCUAGGAAAGCUGGGAAAAUGCAUUAGGCGUGCCUGACAGAUUUACACAUGUGGGCAGUGGGAUUCAAGCGUUGGGUUUCUCUCUCCUGCUGCUGCACAAUGAUGCCCUGUUUCUGCCACUAGUGGACUGGUCUGAAACUGAGAUGGGUUGGUAAGUGGCGGGGUGGGGAUGGAUUUAAGAAACUCCCUUCGCUGAGAGGCGUGCUGAAUAAUGCAAUCUGUUUAUAGUAAGUUUAUAAAUGUUCAUUACAUACUUUUUAGAGUCUGUCUUGCUUUAUUGUGGUUUGUAUAUUUGUUUAAACGUGUUUACUUGCUGGUUUACAAAAGUAAUUGUCAAACGAGGCAUGUCCCUUUAAUACAGAAUUGGUGUCACAUACAGCAGUCUUCUAAUUGUUUGCCAAACUUACAUUGUGGGUCGAUACCUUCAAUAGAGGCAUUGUGUUAAUCUGCUCAGUGCUACAGAGGAUCAGUUUAAAAUCAAUUUGGGAUGCUCAUGGUUUCACUAAUGAGACUCGGCAAACCUCAUGGGAAACCUCCAGUCUCUUUGUGGUCCUAAUGCUGUUUUAGACGGCCUUGGAAGUCAUGUGAAAUGUUAAGCUCACUAAUCCUGGCCUGUUAUAGAAGAUAAUACUUUCUGGGUAUAUUGGAUGUACAGUUAGAAUGAGAAGCAGCAUUGCUGAAGUAUAUGAAGAAAGCCCAUUAAAUGGCACGGAAUGUUGAAUGCCGUUGUCAAGGUAACUGUAACAGCUCUCUGUUUUACUGCCAAACAAUGAAAAAACACAGAGGAAUUUCAUAAUCAACAACGCUAUGUCCAAGUCAGAAUUACUUAUCAAAUUCCUUUCUUUAGCCUCAUAAAAAGACGUUUCCAUGUAGAGUCAUUUUCCUGAGCUGAUCAUUUUGAACAAAAAAAAAAUUCAAACAACUUUUUAUUUAGUCGUGGGUAAACAAAUCUCAUUAUUAAUAUGAAGAAACGUAUCCAUCGAGAGAACAGAGUGAUUAUAGCCACGUAAUAAAACAGAGUGGCCAACCAGCAGUGAUUAUAGCCACGUAAUAAAACAGAGUGGCCAACCGGCAGUGAUUAUAGCCACGUAAUAAAACAGAGUGGCCAACCAGCAGUGAUUAUAAACACGUAAUAAAACAGAGUGGCCAACCAGCAGUGAUUUAUAGCCACGUAAUUAAACAGUGGUCAACCAGCAGUGAUUAUAGCCACGUAAUAAAACAGAGAGGCCAACCGGCAGUGAUUAUAGCCACGUAACAAAACAGAGUGGCCAACCAGCAGUGAUUAUAGCCACGUAAUAAAACAGAAUGGUCAACCGGCAGUGAUUAUAGCCACGUAAUAAAACAGAAUGGCCAACCAGCAGUGAUUAUAGCCACGUAAUAAAACAGAAUGGUCAACCGGCAGUGAUUAUAGCCACAUAAUAAAACAGAGUGGCCAACCGGCAGUGAUUAUAGCCACGUAAUAAAACAGAGUGGCCAACCGGCAGUGAUUAUAGCCACUUAAUAAAACAGAAUGGUCAACCGGCAGUGAUUAUAGCCACGUAAUAAAACAGAGCGGUCAAGCAGUGAUUAUAGCAGUGAUUAUAGCCACGUAAUAAAACAGAAUGGCCAACCAGCAGUGAUUAUAGCCACGUAAUAAAACAGAGCGGCCAACCGGCAGUGAUUAUAGCCACGUAAUAAAACAGAGUGGCCAACCGGCAGUGAUUAUAGCCACGUAAUAAAACAGAGUGGCCAACCGGCAGUGAUUAUAGCCACGUAAUAAAACAGAAUGGCUAACCGGCAGUGAUUAUAGCCACGUAAUAAAACAGAGCGGCCAACCAGCAGUGAUUAUAGCCACGUAAUAAAACAGAGUCAACCGGCAGGGAAUAUAGCCACGUAAUAAAACAGAGCGGUCAACCAGCAGUGAUUAUAGCCACGUAAUAAAACAGAGCGGCCAACCGGCAGUGAUUAUAGCCACGUAAUAAAACAGAGCAGCCAACCGGCAGUGAUUAUAGCCACGUAAUAAAACAGAGUGGCCAACCGGCAGUGAUUAUAGCCACGUAAUAAAACAGAAUGGCUAACCAGCAGUGAUUAUAGCCAUGUAAUAAAACAGAGUGGCUAACCAGCAGUGAUUAUAGCCACGUAAUAAAACAGAGUGGCUAACCAGCAGUGAUUAUAGCCACGUAAUAAAACAGAAUGGCCAACCAGCAGUGAUUAUAGCCACGUAAUAAAACUGAGUGGCCAACCAGCAGUGAUUAUAGCCACGUAAUAAAACUGAGUGGCCAACCAGCAGUGAUUAUAGCCACGUAAUAAAACAGAAUGGCCAACCAGCAGUGAUUAUAGCCACGUAAUAAAACAGAGCGGCCAACCAGCAGUGAUUAUAGCCACGUAAUAAAACAGAGUGGAUAACCAGCAGUGAUUAUAGCCACGUAAUAAAACAGAGUGGCUAACCGGCAGUGAUUAUAGCCACGUAAUAAAACAGAGCGGCCAACCGGCAGUGAUUAUAGCCACGUAAUAAAACAGAGUGACCAGCCAGCAGUGAUUAUAGCCACGUAAUAAAACAGAGUGGCCAACCGGCAGUGAUUAUAGCCACGUAAUAAAACAGAGUGGCCAACCGGCAGUGAUUAUAGCCACGUAAUAAAACAGAGUGGCCAACCAGCAGUGAUUAUAGCCACGUAAUAAAACAGAGUGACCAGCCAGCAGUGAUUAUAGCCACGUAAUAAAACAGAGCGGCCAACCGGCAGUGAUUAUAGCCACGUAAUAAAACAGAAUGACCAGCCAGCAGUGAUUAUAGCCACGUAAUAAAACAGAGUGGCCAACCAGCAGUGAUUAUAGCCACGUGAUUAUUUACAUUAUUUACACUUUGGGUUAGACAUGAAUAUGUUGGUGUCUUCUGGCAAUCCAAUAACCUAAUUUGGACUCCUGUACUACAAGUAUGCCGAUAGCCUGAUACAUUUUGAUCUCUCUCUUGGCCUUGUGCUGCUAACAGUCACUCCAGUACUUCAUACUGAAAUACUACUGUUUCCGAGUCCCUCCAUAACAGAACAUUUUCUUCCCUAGCUCAAACACAAACCAUCGCAUGUUAGUGUCCUUUAACAAUAAACAAGCUACCAUCAAUUCUAUUUACCAGACUACCCAAGUAAUUUGACUCAAUUUACCCAAUUUCACCUUCAAAACAUAUUUCUGUUCUUUGUUUUCUGCCGUCUUCCUAGUGAACUUCACUAAAACUGUCCUUUUCUCAUGUAAUAUAUUUUGUCACAUCCUGUUUCAGAGAGGCACUGUCAUCAUUUGGGGAAUUUGCCAAAUUCGAAUAGUCCCCGAUGGUGACAUCGCCUCUGGUGGUCCAGUGGCCGUGCGGGGCAGGUAAAGGUGAGUUUACUUACCUUAACCUGUCACUUGCGGGAGCUGCCAUCUAUAUCCACAUCUUACUAAGUGUUGCGGCUCCCUGUGCCACUGCGUUGUGAGCUCUCUGAUGGUAGUUAUGGCAUAAUGUAAAACCUAAAUUAAUUUGCAAUAAACAAAUUUCAUUUGCAAUUAUACUAAUUGUUUAUACACCAUCGUGGGUUACAUAGCCUGACGGUCAUGUAUACAUAAGUGACGGUGUGAAGAGGUCAUUGGAAACAAAAAUUAACAUUUUGGUUAAGCAAAAAAACUAAUUUACCAAAUAAUAAUGUUACAGAUCAGAAAACAGUAUCAGAUAUUUUUACCACAUAUUCUAUAAUCCUUUUACAUAUAUAAACCUAUAUAUUCUUUGUACAUGUUUCCACAUGUAUUGUAUAUGUAUGCAUAUUGCAUAUUUAACAUAUGUUGCCACUUUAACUUUGCAUUGCCAGAUAUACACACACUUAUACAAGCACACAUAUACACACUGCUGGAUGUCAAGCAUGAGCAGGACGUUGACUCACUGAUCCACCUAACUAGGAUAUGUAGCAAGGACAUUGGAGUGACAUUCGUACUAGAUAAGUGUGGGCGAAUGAUGGCAAAAACAGGGAAGAUGAUCAGGACAGAAAGAGUUCAAGUACCAGAAGGUCAACUAGGAGAUGUAGAGAACAGCUACCUGGGGUACCACAAACACAUGGCAACCAUGAGGAAGAGGAAAGGAGGAUCCAAGUACCUCCAGAGAGUCAGACAGAUCCUGAAGUUUCAACUCAAUUUCAAACUUUAGGUCCUGCAAGUUGUAUGGUGGGACUUCCAUGGAUGGGUUUGUUGUCCUAAUACAUCCCACAGAUGCUCAAUCUGAGACCUGGGGAAUUUGUAGUCAAGGCAAAACAUAGAACUUUUUGUCAUGUUCCUCAACCCAUUCCUGAAGAUUUUUUGCAGUGUGGCAUUAUCCUGCUGAAAGAGGCCACUGCCAUUGGAGAACAAUAUUGCCAUGAUGGCAUAUGCAUGGUCUGCAACAGUCUCUAGGUAGGUGGUACGUGUCAAAGUAACAUCCACAUGAAUGGUAGGACCCAAAGAUUCCCAGCAGAACAUUACCCAGAAUAUAACACUGCCUCCGCCGGCCCGCCUGCUUCCCAUAGUGCAUCCUAGCCAUCUCUUUCCCAGAUAAAAAAUGUACAUGCAUCCGGCUAUCAAUCUAUUCUAAAAGAAAAUGGGGUUUAACCCUUUUCCAUUGCCCCAUGGACGAUUUCUGAUGCUCACAUCCCCACAUGUACGUCAGUGAGCCUUUGGCACCCAUGACUCUGACGCUGGUUCGCUGGUUGUCCCUCCUUGCACCUCACCCACUAUAAGUACUGUUUGUCUAUUGUUUUCCUGGUGAAAUUAGGUGAUUGAUUUCACUGUAGGGUUUGGACACACUGUUUAACGCCAAUUUGCAUUUGUUGCACUGAAAUUCAAGAACUGACUGUUUACUUACUGCCUGAUAUAUCCCACCCCCUGACAAGUGCCAUUGUAACGAUAUAAUCAAUGUUAUUCAAUUCACCUGUCAGUGGUUAUAAUGUUGUGGCUGAUCAGUAUAUAUAUAUAAUUUCAGUGAAUACGUAUGGUAAUGUUAAUUCUCUGUACUACUGUUCCCCACAUUUUGCAGUACGGAGAAUAUAAUGAUUUCCUGAUGUUUAUCCCCUUUUGAACUCUUUCCGUUGCUGCUUAUGGGAUUAAUUUAAACUGUCCUUUAUUUUGCAAGAGAGGUAAAAGAUUAACUAAUCCUGUUGGCAUUAAUAUUUCAAUAAUCCUUUUCUGUGCUAUUAGUGAAAAGUAGUUAAUUAUUGCACUCGCUGCUAAUCACUUCACUGCUAGACUGCUAGGGAAAGUAUUGUAUAAUUAAGCUUAUUUAAUUAUUUGUAAGCUUGGAUAGAAAUGAUAAUUCCCAGAGAGGCUUCUCAUGCCAGCAGAGCCUAAUAUUUUAUUUUUAUUUUUAAUUCACUGAACCGAAAAUUAAUUCAUAGGAGAGCUAUCAAAAAGGUGAUAGGCAAAGCUCAAGGAGGUGGCUUUAAUGGUGCCAGACGUAGAGUAAAACAAGCGGAGAUACAAUUAUUUAAAGGAUUGCAAUUCUGAGUUGCCCAAGUUAAGAGCAGACGUUUAAACACAUCAGGGCAAAUAUGGCCAUCUGAUACAGUUCAGGGGAGGGCUAGCAGCUGUUUGCCUGGGGAAAUCAUAGCCUCGUUUUGCACAGAUCGGUGGAUGGCUCUAUUUAUGCUAUAUGUAUGGAUUGAUAGAUAUAUGGAUCAAUAGAUGAAGGAUGUUUUGAUGUGUGACAUCAUACAUCCCUGCAACUACCAUCAGUAUGACUCGACCUGCAUGACAUUAUUUGUAUCCAUGGAAAGUUUAAGUUCUGCAAGGGCAGCGUGCAAUUUAAAAUCCAAGGUUUUUGCAGGCUUUUAAAGUUACUCUCCAUUGCAAGCCUAGAGGGUCUUUGUGAAUUUGUACUUGCCAGGGCUAAAUUUUCACUCUUCAAUGGUUACUGAAGAGUGGAGUGAUUGAACCCUGGUGACAGGUAUGCUAAAGACCACUAUCUACAAAGUCUCGACUGAUUACAUCCACUGCUCUCAUAAUCAGUAUCUAAAGGCACAUUUGGUCUUUCCCUCAACUGGAGAAUUGUGAAAAUGCCUUAUAUCAGAGGUGGCAACUUUCAGCACUCCCGAUGUCGUGGACUACAUCAUCCCCGAUGCUUUGCCAGCAUUAUGACUGUGAGAGCAUUAUGGGAGAUGUCUUCAACAUCUGUAGGUGCCAAAGCUGCCCACUCCUGCGUAUAUUAAAAGUUAUUAUUAAUAUUAUUAUAAUAUAAUUAAUAAGUUGAUAUAUUCAUUUUUAUAGGUGCUACAGAUUUUACACAAAUGUGCACAAAGUUGCAUCAACUGUUCAUGAAAUGGAAGCUGAAAGAUGAAAAUUAAGAAAAAAAAAAGCCCUUUUUGUAAUUUUGAUGAUUCAGCUGCUUAAUAAACAAGUCCCUGAUUUGCCCUCCUUAUGGAAAUGAAUGGAUACGAAAUAAUUGGAAUUAGUUUCAAAUUCAUUCAUUUUCGAUUCAUUUGAGUUUGUAAAAAAAUGUGGAAAUUUUGACGUUUUUAAAUUGACAAAUUUGGAUGGAAUUUGAUUCAGAACAAAACAAAUUGCACGUUUCUAACAUUAAACAUUUAUCAUGGCAGCUCCAUGUUGGCUCUCUGUCAGUCAUCUUUAUAAAUGUUGCCUAUUUCUGCCAAUGAACAUAGGCCUCGAUUUAAUUCUUGCCACUUAACACAGUUGAUAAAUAUUGUCUGUUUUCACCUAUUUGUGAUUGGCUGGAAUGCUAUGACGGCCACAGUUAGUGGAAGAAGAUAAAGAGAAUAAAUGAUUCUGUUUUAUUCCUCAUUAGCAAUGUGGCUGUGCUUGUACUGGACGAGACUCCGUGGGUUAUCAUGAAAAGUCUUUACUAUACAUUUAGAAAAAGAUGGAGAAUCACAUGAAAAAAAGGUUAUUAACACAAGUAGAAAGUGAUUUUCAAUAUUGCAUUCAAUUGUGUAGUUUCCAUAGACUAAAUGAAUAUUUAUUAAAACAAACAAACAUUGUUUCCAAGCAAAAACAAGUACAAUUAUGAACUACAACUUCCUUGCCCUUCCCCACUAACCUUGGGUCAAAUAUUUUUUGUCUGCACUAUUUAGACGUAGCCAGGACCCACUAAUAUAACAAUAUAGAACAGUAUAGCACAAUAUAGACUCCGUUGCCAAAUUAUUAUACACUAAAUUCAGGAUCCAUAGUUUUUGUUGAGAUUGCAGUUCUUUGCCAAAAGAAAUUUAACAAACGAGAAACAUCCCAUAACCCAGUUUUAUUUAGAACUAUUAGAACACCAUUAAAGGACCACUAAAGGCACCCAGACCCCUUCAUCUCAAUGAAGAUAUCAUCUGGGGUCAGUGGUCCUCAAAGCUUAACCUUGUAAUUUAACCCCAGACCGCUUUUCAAUUUUCUUACCAUUUGGGACCAGAGCCGUUUUUACAUUUCUGCGGUGUUUUUGUUUAGCUGUAAUUUUCCUCUUACUUAUUUACUGUACCCACACUCGUCUUUAAAUGGUCUUUCUAGAGAUAACAUUAUUUUCAUCAUAUCAUAUAAUUUACUAUAAAACAAAUUAUAAAAUAUCAUGAAAAAUGUUUUAAAAAAACACGUUUUAAAACUUUUACCCCAAAAAUCUGUUACCUGAGUUUAGAAAUACCCAAUGUUAACAUGUUCGUAGUUUUUUUUUUGCAAGUUAUAGGGCAACAAGUACAAGUAGCACUUUGCUAUUUCCAAACCAUUAUUUUUUUAAAAUUAACGAAAGUUACAUUGUAACACUGAUCUCUGUCAGGAAUCCCUGAAUAACCCUUCACAUGUAUAUAUUUUUUUAAAAGAAGACAACCUAAGGUAUUAAACUUUGCAUAUUUUGACUCUUUUCAUGCAACCAUUUUACCACCAAUCACAUAGCAAUUUAAUAAUACAUUUACUGAGAACUUUAAGGGUCACUGCCAAAGAACACCCCAAUAUGUGUUCAGCAACAUCUCCUGAGUACAGUGAUACCACCCAUGUAUAGGUGUGUCGGGUUCUUUGGGGGCUAAAAGACCUUAUUUGGAGGGUGCGCAUUCCAGUUUUCCAACCUGGAAUUUUCACAGCUGGUCAUCAUGCACCCAUGUCCUAUUUGGGACAUGUUUGAAGCUGGCCAGUGUAAUUUACCCCCAUCAAACCAUAAUUUUUGAAAAACAGACACACUAGGCUAUUUUUAAUGGAGGUAUUUUAACACUUUCCAUGCACUAAUUCACCCACACGUCAUUGUCAACCUUUUGGGUAGUCAUUUUUUUGUGUUAGUGUUCUCUCACAUUGUAUGUUAGGCAUAGAUUCUCAGCUCCUGGUAUGUUUCACUGCCAAAAAACACCCCAGUAUGUGUUCAGCAAUAUCUCAUGAGUAAAGUGAUACCACCUAUGCAUAGGUUUGUUGGGUUGUUUGGGGGGUGCAAUGCCAAACUUCUGACAUGUGUUUUUCAAAUUUGACAUAUCUUCUUUGCCUAUGUUCUUUUUUGGGGGCCUUUUUACAUAUCCCAAUUUAUUUUCUUGCCAUGAACGUGCAUAUAUUUGAAAUGUUGACACCCAAAGGUAUUAUAUAUGGAGUGUUUUGAUGCCUUUGAUGCAACUGUUUUAGCCCCAAAAAUUGGAGAAAGUGUGUGGUGGUAAUUCUUCAAUUUGGAUUUUUACAUAUACAUUUGUGUGUGAUUUAGGGGAGCCUGUUGUUGGUUAUUGGAAGAAAACACUCCAGGUUGUUUUCUGCAAGGCCUCCUGAGAACACCCAUGCCCACCAUGCAUAGGUUAAACUUGAUCAUAAAAAUAGUCUGGCGCAGUAAAAGUAAAAAAAAUAAAAUCUCAGGAACAGUAAUGGUAACAAAAAAAAACCCAAAACUGAACGGCAAAUGAAAAUAAUAAUAAAAAUGGACCAAUGUGUGAUAUUGUUUGAAGCAGCCCCCAAUGCAGAGUCCAGGCUGUCCAGGGCAAUUGGGACAGUAGUAGACGGUGUCCUUUCUUUGCCCCCUCUUGAAACAGUCUCUGCAUCUUUUUUGGGGAUUCUGCUUUGCCGCAGUAGGGGGGACUUUAAAAAUGAAGUGGUUAGCCCCAACUCUGCUCUCUCCCAUCACCGCCCAGGGAUCAGGUGCAUCUUGAUACAAAAUCCCCAAAAUGAUCUGGAGCUGAAACUGUAAAAAAGUCAGUGUCAUUCCGGGGUUUGCUUUUUUAAACAACAAAAAAGCAUUGUGGGCUUCAAUCUGCAUCAGGUAAAUUGCAACCUUUUUGUACCAGGCCUUUGUCUUCCGUAUAAUUAGGUAGGGCUGCAGCAGGUGAUCUGCCAGAUUAACCCCACCCGUGUGCCGGUUAUAGGCCUUGAUGCCCACUGGCUUCCUUGUGCUCUCAUCUCUACCACGAACAGAGACCUCCACAGUCCUCUCAGUGUGAAUGGUGGUAAGAAGGUACACAUCCUUCUUGUCUCUGUAUGUAACUGCCAACAGCUCCUCUUGGCGCAGAGCUCACGUCUCCCCGCUCCGUAGCUGGGUGCAUGCAAGUUGUCCUGGGAAACCUGCGUGGUUCUUUUUCAUUGUACCGCAAGCUACUGUAUCAAAACAAUACAGUAGCUUGAACAAAGGGACAUUUGUAUAAUCUAUAUACAAGUGGUACCUUUUGUUCAUCAAUCUUGCCACUAGUUUCCAUAUGUUCUGGCCAACCUGGAGGGUCAAGGUGGGUAUCCUUUCUCUCGUACACCCGGAAGGCCUAAGUAUACCCAGUCUCGCUAUCUCAGAGCUUAUACACCUUUACACCAUACCUGCUUGGAAGGAACAUACUGCUUGAAUCCCACCCUUCCCUUAUACUUCAUCAGGGAUUCAUCCACGCAUAUAUUCCUUCCAGGUGUAUAAGCCUCUGCAAACAUGGCAGCGAAGUGGGUAAUCAGGGGGCGGAUUUUAUACAGCCUGUCAAACUGGGGAUGCUCCCUAGAGGGGCACAGGCUGUUGUCGCUGAAGUGCAUGAAAAGUAGAAUCAUUUCAUACCUCUUCCUCGACAUACACUGGGAGUAAAUGGGGGUAGAGCAGAUGGGGCUACUACUCCAGUAGGAGUGGAUGGAGGGCUUCUUUAUGAUGCCCAUCAGCAUAGUCAAUGCCCAGAAUUUUUUUUUUAUGGCACCCAUUGCCCAUUUGAUGGGGACCCAUUGCUACUUUGCCAAAAAAGAGUCAGGCUUUGCAGCACGGAACUGAUGGGCAUAUAAAUUAGUUUGGGUGACAAUGUUCCCCAAUACAUCAUCACCCAGAAACACCUCCCAAAAAUAUUGGGGGCUACAUUCUUCACUGAGUGCCUCGACCUGCCCGAUGGCUUCUGAUGCUCUGCCUCACUACCCGGCACCAUGUGGAGCAACCCUGGUGGCCUGGCAGUGAGGGGGGCUAUUGCGUAAUGCCUCGACAUUGAAGUAUUGCUGCAGUACCAUCAGAGUGGCUGGAAGCGAUCCUGAUCGAUUCGUGAGCUCUAAUUCGCCACGGACGUAUCAGGUACGUCCGAGGUCGUUAACGACCGUUUUUGUCUGACGUACCUGAUACGUCCGAGGUCCUUAAGGGGUUAAAGCAUUACUGUUUAUUAGCUAUGUCAAUGCGUAAACUGCAGGGUUAAAUACACCUCUAGGGGUUGACUGACUGUUUACAUGUCAAAUGGACAUUGUAGGCUUAUCUAAAACUAUAUAUUAAGUUUUGACAAUUGCAUAUGUAUAUUGGUAAUUGAAAUAUCAUGUGUUUAAAAGGUCUAUUACUGUUAUUUUUGAAGGAAUGCCUUCAGAUAUUAUCAAAAAACAAAAUUCCACCCCAAGGGAAGGAAUAGGUAUAGGUGGAUUGGCGCUAAAGAACAAAGCAGCAACUACCCCCAGUGUCUAUAAAUCACUCAAAAGACACUUCCAAACAGUGAUAAAACAAGAUAACAAAGUGGGGGGUGCAGUGUACAGAUAAAAAGCAAAACACGUAUAUACUUAUAGUAAAACGUUCCUUUAGCUUAAUCUGAAAAACAUAAAAAGUCCAUACAUAGUGUAACACUGUAAAAUAUAGGACAAGUAGAUGUAGAGGUAUUGGGUCACUCACAAUAGAUAGAGCCUAGAAAGCAGGCUCAGACUUGAUGGCAUGUGGAAAAUCAGCUUUCCCAAGCUUUACAGACUGGCUCCACACUCCUCCUAUAGGUACUGGUAUUCUGCUCCAGACGUAGGAAGGAUUGAUGAUAGACCAAAGUAUAAUGGUAUUAAAAAGUAUUUACUUCAAAUAAAACAAUAAAAUAAAAUGUAAUAUAAAAUAGUAUUACAUACAAUAACACGGUUUAUUUUAUUGUUUUAUUUGAAGUAAAUACUUUUUAAUACCAUUAUACUUUGGUCUAUCAUCAAUCCUUCCUACGUCUGGAGCAGAAUACCAGUACCUAUAGGAGGAGUGUGGAGCCAGUCUGUAAAGCUUGGGAAAGCUGAUUUUCCACAUGCCAUCAAGUCUGAGCCUGCUUUCUAGGCUCUAUCUAUUGUGAGUGACCCAAUACCUCUACAUCUACUUGUCCUAUAUUUUACAGUGUUACACUAUGUAUGGACUUUUUAUGUUUUUCAGAUUAAGCUAAAGGAACGUUUUACUAUAAGUAUAUACGUGUUUUGCUUUUUAUCUGUACACUGCACCCCCCACUUUGUUAUCUUGUUCCUUCAGAUAUUAUGAGUAUUUGACCAUCUAACAGUUGUAGAGCCGUGAUCACAGAUGAUGUUGGACAACAUUAGUCGAGCAGUAGUUUUCCUGCAGACGUGAAAAACAAGCUUAUUCGUGUUGGGCCGAUAACAUGUUCUGUGGGAUGAACAGGUCUUGUGUUGAGUGAUUAGGGAGGAUUGGCUUUGGCAAAAAAAGAAAUCGGGCUUAGACAUCCGUGAUCUGAUAAUUUGUCACCCUGCCAGAUCCUGUCAUUUUUUCCAUUAACUGGUGACAAGCUGUACACAUAACUCAUAAAUCUCUUAUAACGCACCUGAAUGCACAGCACAGCAUUAAAGAACCUGAAUCAGGAUGAGUAUUGCACACAGACCAUAGAUAGGCAAUACUUUGUGCUCCAGCAACUGUGCUAUUCAACGUCCAUAAGGCACAGGCAGUCUAUUUAUUGAACAACAGUCACCAUUUAUUUCAACAGUUUGUGAAUACCCCAAAUAAGACAUAAGUGGGAUAUAACCAUUCGGUACAUGGGGGCAUGAGGCUUAAGAUGUACAAUCGAAUGCCAGACACCACCAAACCUGUUACUGUGUUGCAAUAGACAUUUUUUUUAAAUGGGGCUUAGACAUUCAUUCUACAGAGCCGUACUUACGCCAGUUUGAAAACUGGUGUAUUCAAUCCAUUUUCUGCACAUUAUCACAUUUUAAUUGUUGAUAUCCUAUAGACUAACUGUGAAAUUCUCAAAGGCCUAAACAUACCAAGAUGACGCUUGUAUGAUAAGUUCAUUCCAUUUCAUGUGCAUGAUAGUUUAUUGAAAACUACAGAACCAUUCCUUCGAUGAAGAUGAAUGAGUACAGGCUCAUAAAUCUGGCAUAAAAGCAGAGACAAAAGAACAAUCUUUGUAGUGGAUCACCUAUUUUGAAUGGAAAUCGCAGUAAAAACAUGAUUUACUGGUGUAUAGAAAGACCUGUAUCUCCCACAUAUCUCGAUGGACUCUUUACUGAGCAAACUCCACUUUGUGUAAAAAGACAGGCAACAGACUACCCUGCAACCUACACAAAGACCAUGGGUUGCAGAGAUCGUAGGUUGAAAAGAUCAGGUUUUCUUGUGCUUUUUGUGUCUUUUUUUAAACCAUACUAAUUUAAAACAUUCAUUACAACGUAUACUCUUUUGUCCGGUACAGUUGGUUUUCAUUUUACAUACAUAAUUCUUUUGAAUGUUAUUGUGCUAACAUUAGAGCUCUAGCCACCAACUCUCGAUCUCUCUCUUUCCAAAUUCCCAGGUGGUACAACAUUACUCAUGUAACGAAAAUGCUGUCACCCAAUUUAGAUUUCAUUCUCAGGACAGGAGGUCACCACCCUUGCCAAGAAACUGAUGGAGAGAGUAAACAAAUUAUUUAGUGAAGCUGUUUGAGAGGGUGCAUGGAAAUCGGAAGAAUUAACGUUUCGCAGACGUGAUAGAAGAGAGAGUAAUUGUAGUGAAAGAUUGGAUGGACUGCAAUAGUUUUUUUUUCUCUUGGACUGGACAUGCUGCUAACUGCUGAAAAAACUAUUUGCUAGUGCAAUCCAUACACAUGCCUCUCCCUGCACUCGUAUAAGAUAUUUUAAGCAUGUGGUCCGGAUGUAACGCUCAUAAAUUAAUAAUAACUAGCUAUUUGUACCCAGAUAGUGUGCUCUCUGGUUGAGUUUUGCGGAAUUCAAGGGUCAGCCGCUAUCAUUUAACAAAUGUACUUACCAAAUGGAAUUCCCCCACUAAAUAUAAAGUAUGACAAUGGCCACGAUUUAAUAUUUUAGAAACGCUUUUUAAAAAUAAUCACAAUCUGUUAGAAGAAUACAUUUUCAAAUUAUUUAUCUACAUUAGAGUCUAAGGAAACCUUUGUAGAUAAAUAAUUUGAAAAGGUUUUCUAACAGAUUGUGAUCAUUUGUAAAGCUUAUCCAAAAAUAUUAAAUUGAGGACAAUGUGAUAAGUUUCAAUGAAAUCACAGAAUGUCAGGGCUAUAACUAGAGAGUAGGGAAGGCUAAGAGGGUAUGAAUGCAAAGAUGUUUUGGCCACCCUCCCACUAACUUGCUUGUUCACACGGGCACACUGUAAUGAGCAUCUUGUUUGGGUUGGCAGUGGAGAGGAAAGUUCCGGAGGUUCUUGAAUUAUCAGUUGAUUAGUGAAUUAUCGAUUGAUGCCCACUUCAUUGAUUUGAAAUGGUUAUGGUGUCUGAAGUCAGUAGAUGCAGAUCCUUGCUAUGAAUCACUGCACAUACAGAGAUUAAUUCCUUAGAUUGUGGGGAUAUUUAUGGGAUAAUAAUAGUAAACAGUUGAGAAUUGCCCACUAAUUCAAUUCUCAGAUCCCAAAUAUCGUUAUCGUGUUAAGUGAAAUGUAUACCAUAUAAAUAAUAUUCACAGUUUUAUAAAAAUAGAUUUUUAUUUAUAAUAACAAGUUAAUUAAUAAUAACAUGUAACAUGCGUGAUAAUAAUCAAUGAAUAUUCAGUAUAAAAUGAUAUGCAAUACAAAGAAAUGGGUAUUACGUUUCAAUGGCUAAAAAGCAUUUUCUGUCAAGACUUUAUUUAUGACUAUCUUUAACACAGACUGAAAGUGAAACUUUUCACAGCGAAGAACAGAAUUCCUCAGAGUGCAGCGUAAGGUCGUAAAGUUUAGCUGACAGUUAGAAUAACCCUUUCAAUGCUGGCUAGAUCUCCUAGAUAGUUAAGAUCUAUUCUUAUGUAAUUUUAAAUAAAAUAACAUUUAAACCAGUUCAUUAGUCAUUUCCUGGAACCAUCCAAUAAGAGAAUCUACCAUGAUUAUAUAAGCAGAGUUUAAUUUGUCUAAAAGAUAUCUUAUCUUAAUUUAGAACAAAUCAAUACACCUGGAUAAAAACAGCGGUAUGCUAACACGUGAUAAUAUCACAUCAAUAUAUAAUUAUUCUUAAUUCCACCUGCAGAAUGGAAUGUUUAUAACUAUAUAUUCUUUAGUUAACUAAGAUUUCUUAAUAUGGAAAUCUGACCGUGCUUUAUCCAGUCAUAUAUAAUGCUAUUAAUACAUUUUAAUUAAUUUAAUUAAUUAAAUGAAACCAGUAUAAUUACCAGUUGAGUAGAUAUUUCAUCCGAUUGGUAGUCUCAGGAACUUAUUUGGAUGUCUCUCUGCAUGGAGGUUGGAGACCCCAAACUUCCAAUUCCUCUCUCCUCUUUUCUUUUUCCUUUGCAUCUCUUGCAUACCUUGCCUCGCAUUUUUCCUAUCUUCCCUUUGUCUUAACUUUUAAAGGGCCAGACUCUCUGUACGUCAUCAGUUGAUAACCCAAUAGAAGCACUAGAGGUGUAGUUAUCUUCUAGAUCGCAAUCUAGGUAUUUGGUCUAUAGAGGGCAGUCUUGUCCCACUAAACAUACCUAUCCAGGAAAGAGUUAACUUUUCCUGGUGGCUAUUUUGACGUCAUUUUGGCCUAUCUAGAUAGUGGCCAUAACGUACGUAUCCUUCACAGAUCAAAGGGUUUAUUUAAGUUUUGUCCAGACUAUGUGUCUGGCAAUCUGAGUUUUGACCCGUAACUUACAAUGGGACCUUAUAUGUAUAGACAGUUAAAUUGUAUUAUUUAAUCUUCUCUGUCACAAUUGUCUGGGUUUAGAUUUGAUUAUAUUCUUCUUAUCACUUGUUUAUACUAUGCAUUCCUUUUAGCUCUGGCAAAGUGGCUAGUCUUACAGAAAGAAAUCUUGUGUCUUUUUGUUAACUUGAAAAUAACAAAAUGGAGUCUGGUCUGUUCAGAGUGACUCAGAAUAUACACUUUUAAUUUCUAUCUUUGCACAAAAUGUCUGCCGAUAUAAAUAUCCUGACAAGAUGGAACACCACCUACGGCAGCAUCAUUAGCCAGCACAGAGCAAAACUGAGGGCUGUCUAAUAUUGAUUCUGUGCAAAUUUGGACUUUUGUGUGGGUUCAGUCAUCCCCUGAGUCUAUGCCAUUUAAAAUGUUGGAAGGUAUGUUUGAUGAUGUCUGUGUUGUCUACAGAUAAAUGGCUCUUUGGGCACACAAAAGGCAAUAUGAUUCCACCUGGUCUGUCUCACAGCUAGCUAAGCUCCAACUUACUGUUUGGGCAUGUAGGUAGCGUGUACAUAAUAUAGCAAAGCUCUUUCCUACCCUGACAGAGGAGACAGAACAAUGGCUGGAAGAUGGCAUGAUAAACAGUAUGGGAGGGGGAAACGUGAUCUUGCUGAGUGGCCCCUCACACUCUGAAAUCGAUUGUGACUUAAACAGAUCUAUAGAUUAACCAACAGAGCAGAAGUAGUACGUCGAGGUAAGCUGGCAUUGAAAAUGUAACUAAAAGGGAAUUAGCUCAGAUCCAAACAGCUUUCAAGGCUUCCCAAUUCAAUGUCCUUUUCUCCGAAUGAAUGGCAAAAUGUGAGUGCCCGCAGCGUUUAUGAAUGAAUGCUGAGAACAUUGUAAAAGUGUAUAGCUUGGAGCCAUCUUGUCCCCCAGUUUACAUUUUUUGAAUGGUUGUCGGGGGUGCAUGACAGUAAGAAUCUCACACAAUGUUAUAUUUGCUUCUCAUUAAUCAUUAUUUCAUUUCUCUGCCCAUUUGUGCUUGCUUGCAAAGAUUGCACGGCUUCAUUCAUUGUUCCUGCUAUCACUUCUGUGCCUUCUGCCUAUGUGUGGCUUCAUGAGUGACAGAGAAAUAUCGAUCAUUGGGUGUUCUUUUUUAGGAUUGCUUUUCAAUGACGGACAUAUUCUGGUAUGGAGGAGCAAGUACGAGUGCUCAGCACUGGCCUAUGAACAAUAUGAACAUGGCACUUCAGCCUUUUAUCAUCAGCAACCUUAAAUCCAGUCCUUCAGCCUAUGGGUCAGUUCUAGAGCGAUACUUCUUAGGAUCAACUGGUAAGUUCUUGUGAAUUCUUUUAUGUGUUGAAAUUACCAGCUUGUAUGACCUAAGUGCUUAUUCUAUGAAUUUGAACUCGUAAUGAACUGUAAUACACUGAAAGAAAGUGUAACAUGUCUAGUAAUACCUAGGUUUAGGCUCUGAGACCAACAUUUGGUCUGAUCUUUGGAGAAGAAUUGGUUAACACAAUGGCAAUCUCUUCAUCACUACAAGGUAGACUUCUCCAUAGAUAAGGUUUCUAAUGGGACUGUCUAUCUAUCUAUCUAUCUAUCUAUCUAUCAUCUAUCUAUCAUUCUAUUCUAUUCUAUUCUGUCUGUCUGUCUGUCUGUCUAUCUCUAUCUAUCUAUCUAUUUAUACAGUGUCUGUCUAUCUCCCUGAUAUUGUAAGUUAGAUAACCUGCGUGGAGAUUCUGUUGUUGACGAUUCAUUACUGUUUGGCUCUGUGCCAGUGUUCAGUAACAAAUGCGUAGUGUCUAUAUUUCUUCCGAAUGCCUCGAUUGAAAUGUCUAUUUCAGUCUGUCCUCCAGAGAGAGAUCCUCUCCUGUACUUUAUGGUAUUGCAUACUCAGUGGCAUAUAUACAAGUUAAUUUUACCUACUCAGAGGUAGAGGCUCACCGUGUCCUCACUCCUAGAGACCAUUUUGGAUCCAUUUUAAUUUUAAUUUUUUUCUUGUGUUUAUUAUUUUUUUUAAAUAAAAUUGAUAAGUUUAGCUAGCAUCCAGAAAUAUAUUACAUGAUAUCAGUAAAUUUACAGUUAGAGGAGGUGAUGUGCAUUUGAAAAAUUAAAGAUCAUUAAUUAAUAUUUAACCCCUUAAGGACACAACUUCAAAAAUAAAAGGGAAUCAUGAGGGAAUAUUUCCGUCAUGUGUCUUUAAGGGGUUAAUGGACCAUUCUUUGUUAUACUUUGAGGAAAGUUAAAAGAGUGCCAAGACCCAAAGAACGCUGUACACUAUUUUUUUUCACAUGGCUUUUUUUAGUGGAUAGAACAUUCCUAGUGUAGUUUAUUGUAAACCAAACCUCUGGUCCAUAUUUUUUCCAUAUCACCAUUGGAACAGACCAUAGAAACUCCACAUUCUAAUCUGUUGGAUUGCAGACUGCUACAAUAGAUCAUGAGUGUGUGAUCUUAUAUUCUAGUGCACUCAGACACUGCCACAAAGAAGCCAUGAAAGUCUUGAAUAUUUUGCUAUUACAGUCCCAACUCUUUCGGCUCCAUAGACCAAACCAUGAGGGAUUGGAUUGCUAACACCUUUGAUCUCUCACUCAUAGCAAGUAAAUAUAGUAUGUAGAAAGAAACAAGUGGUGGACACUUCGGCACAUCAGCCAUGUUGCUCUAUUACUAAUCAAUUUCCUAAAAAGAGCCAAUGUACUGGUCAGCUUUGUAUAAUGGAUCAUUCCAUUGUUUGACAGGACUUUCUUACAUUUUUCUUUAUUUUCAACAGGCGUAGCAGUAUUGAUCAACCCAGAUGUUCCAGUGUCCGUUUCUAUAGACAGGAAUAAAUCAUUUUGUGUGGAGACACCACCAAGUACAGACAUGUCUCCACUGCAGUAUACAGUGUGCGUUGGCGAAACCAUCCAAUCUGUCCAUCAUGAAAUGGAAAGCCUGCUGUACGAGAAGCCGAGACGGCUUCCAAGCAUGGAUAUACUCUGGUAAUCCCAUUCUAAUACCGAUUUAUCUGAUGACUUUUUGCAUCCUGUUAAAGUUUACCUUGUGAUAGUCAAAUGUUUCACACUGCCCACAAAUCAUUCUUCAUUACAAAUGAUUCCAUGACAAAAUAUCAGCCGUCACAUAAUCCUAAAUGUUUGCUAGUCAAAUGAUUCACUGUGAGCUAUGGUUAGUCCCAGUAAUUAAUUGCUCGCACCACUGGCAAUCAAGUAGAUAUUAAUAGAAUGUUUAGUUAUUUUGUUGUCAUUGUUUGUUUUUUUGUGUAAAUUGCAUGGAGUUUUGCAUGGACCAAAGUCGACUUAAUAUAGUGACACAGACAUUGACGUUUUAGAAUUUUGAAUGUUUUCUCAUUUUUUAUUUUUAUUUUAUAUGCAGGAUGCCGUUAUGGAAACACUACGGAAUAUCUGAUUCUGCAGCAAAGCUUGAAAGAGAAUUACGAUCAUUUAAUAAUAAGCUCAGAAGACUUGGAUUGGGGGAAUGCCUGAUUGCUAUUAAUGAACAUUCCACAAUGUUACUUUCUAGUAAGGUGAGAAUAUCAAUUUUUCUUAGAAGAGCCGAAACCUUUGGUUUAAGCCAUAGGUCACUCCAUGACAGUUUUUGUAAGAAAUAGCUCUUUCCAUCAGGCAUGUAAGCGUAACAUGAAAUAUAAUGUAAACGUGUGUCCUCUAACUAAAGCGGCAAAAAUCAUUAAAUGUGUAAUUAUCUAUAAAAUAUCAUGACCAUUGGCUUAAAGAGCACUCUAAUAACUAUAACAUCUUCUGCUUUUAGUCUGUAAUCAGCGAUCACCAUCGUUUUACCAUAACCACUGCACUGAGCUGUAGUGGGGAAGAUAGCCUCUUUUUAGACUGCACAACAAAUUUUUUGCUCUGUUAAAAAAUGUGAUUGCUAAUUUUUCUUUUCUCUCUGUAGGACCACAAACUCAGUAUGAACCAAGGAGAGAAGCUGCAAAGACACAGACGAGAUCCAUAUCUCCUUAAGAAUUUAAAUUUGUUAUUAACCACAUCACUGUAUGCCAAUAUCAACUCAGAGCCAUUUCAGAUGUACCUGCGGGAAGAGAAUGAAAACUACUGGCUCAGUCUUCAUUCAAAACUCGACGGCUCACUGGUACUGUCAGCAAUGUAUACCCACCAGUUUAGGAGUUUAAAUACUGUUGUAAUAGAAACAAAUAGGUAUGCAAGUAAAUUACAAAGUGUAAAUUUAUUUAUACUGCCAUGUGAUAGUAAAGUAAAACAAAAUAAUAAUGUUCCAAACUGAGCAGUCUGCAUGCUAUAAAAACCAUGCUAUAAAAUAAUACGCAGUUACUGUUAUCUUGUAUCUUGAAUGAAAAGCUCCAUGGGUAACACACGUUCAAUUAACUUAAAACCAGUGGUUUUAUGGGAUGUUUUGUGGUGUGCUUCGGGCUAAGACCCUUGUGUUUUUGAAACCUAGCAACACCCUAGUGAACUUAUUUGACCUCAGUGCACUGAGACACAGCCAAAGAGGUGGGAUGGUCUACAACGCUCCCAGAAUCAUUUUCAGUUGGCAUAGCAGAAGAAAGGCCAGGCCAGGCAAGGAACCACCAUAUCACCAAGGAAGUAGAGCGAUGAAUGUAGAAGUUUGCAAUAAUAUCUUCACUAGGAACUGCUACAUUGUAAAAAAAGGAACCAUAUCAUAAAAUGUCCCCUAAAACAGUAGUGUCUUAGUAGUCACAAUACUACCAGGCCAACACGCAGAACUAACUAAGGUAAAAAUGGAGAAGGAAAUGCAUUUUUUACCAGUCUUUAGAGGUGGCUGGGCUCUGAAAGGAUCCUAUUUGUUCCAUUUAUAGGUGGGCUAAAAAAUGUGUUAAAUCCUAACAUUUGGGCAAAUAUCUAUUCUCAGUUUUUGUUUGUGUUUUGCUAAGUUACAUAGGCUGAAAAGCUCUGCCUUCCCCACAUCUGUUUUUGCUGCUGAUCUAAAAGAAGGCAAAAACCCAGUUGGAAGUGCUUUCUAAUUUUUUAGCAAAUUAGGAAAAAAUCCUUCUUUACCCCAGUAUGGCAGUCAGAUCUCUCCUUGGGUCUGUUACCCCACAAAUUUAAAUCCCUGAAUAUUAUAUUUUUGCAAGCAUGCAUCCAGUUGCUAGUUAAACAUCUGUACAGACUCAAUAAAACCAUCUCUUCAGGUAGAUAAUUCCACAUCCUUAUUGUUCUUACUGUAAAAAGCCCUUUCCUUUGCCUUAGACUAAAUCUUCUUUCUACCAGUCUAAACGCGUGACCUUGUGUCCUAUGUGUAUAGUCCUGUUUGUGAACAGAUUUCCAGACAAUGGUUUGUGUGGGCCCCGAUUAUAUUUGUAUAAUGCUGUCAUAUCCCCUCACAGGCACUGUUUGUCCAAACUAAGGAGAUUUAAAUUUGUUAAACUUUCUUCAUGGCUAAAAUGUUCUAUUCCUUUUAUAAUUGUGUAGCCCAUCUCUGCACUCUUUCUAGUGCUAUAAUUAUCCUUCUUUAGAACAGGUGCCCAAAAUUCAAGGUGUGGUCUUACAUCAUAAGUAUAGGUUGACAGUAAAUCAGGUAAGAAAGAUAGUCUAUAUCUCAGAAUGUAAGUGCAGUGCAGUUAGAUAUGGACCCAUUCGCAAAUAUAUCUACACACACACACACACACACACUCACACACACACACACACACACACACACUCACACACACACACACACACACACACACACACACACACACACACACACACACACACACACACACACACACACACACACACUCACAAAGGAUGUUGGUUUGUGAGAGAUUAUGGAAAAGCCAUUUUAUUAUUAAAUAUCAUUUUUUGGUCUAGUUGUCUAAGAUGGAAAACUAAUUAGAAAUAGUUACACUAAUUGAUUGGUAUAUGGUACAAGCUAUAGUUAGAUUUUAUUAAAAUGUCUAUUAGUGUUGUAGAUUUUCCAUUUUAACCAUCGUUUAUAUUUCUUUUUCUUUGCAGUCUCCAGUUCUUACAAAGUGGAAGGGGCAGUUUUCUGUGAGAUUAAAUAUAACCAGUGAAACUGCUGUUAACUGGUAUUUGAACACUGUGAGCUCCCUGAAAAGCAAGCUUGGGGCCAAAUAUGUCUCAUUUGAAGGGUUGGGAGGAAAUACAUUUACAGAACAAUCAAUGAAUCCUGCUAAGGGCUUAAAAGGAGACCAUUACACAGGCUUCCUAGCCUCCCUAGUGGCAAAGCUUGGGAACUCAACCAUAAUUACAGCAAGCACAAGGUGAGUCAAUAAAAUCAUACCUCAGAUAGACACAUUGCUUAAAAAAUAUCACGUGCUUCACACCUAUUGAAUUGUAGUAUUGGAGUUUGUGAUUAAACCUAUUUAACUUUUUGAGCUAUCUUCCUGGAGAUGAGUCUCUUUAAAAUAUUACUUUUAUUUAAAAAAUAAAAAAAAUAGAUGAUGUCACAGGACUGGGAUGAUAUCAUAGAAUUUAUCUAACCCCAUGUCAUGGAGGGUUUAAAGAGACAGCAUUGUAGUGGUGUUUAUAAUGAUGCAAGGCACAGCAGUUUAUUGUACGUCGUAUGUUUAGUGGUAGUUAGGUAUAUAAACAAAAUAACUGAGCAACAAAUCAAAGAGUGACAAAAAUCUCCCACCUACCUGCUGAAUAGGUACAAACCAGAGAAAAUGAUACACACUGUCCCUUUAAGAGAAUUAUACAGAAAAUAAAACCGUGAACCCUGCUCACCAAGGACAAUUUAUUAGAAAAAGUCUUUAUUCUUCCAAAAUAUAUAUAAAAACCAACAAAUAAAAAAUAUACCAUAGAUGCUUAAGCUCCCCAAUAAAAUGCUUAUCCAACAAACAAUGUACUCAAUGUACCCAUCAGUACCCGGAGUCUUAGUAUUGCAUUUUACAAACAAAAUUAUUGCUCAAGUGAUUCACCGCCUGUAGUAUUCACCGCCUGUAAUAUUCACCGCUUGUAGUAUUCACCGCCUGUAAUAUUCACAGCCUGUAGUAUUCACAGCCUGUAGUAUUUACAACCUGUAUUAUUCACCGCUUGUAGUAUUCACAGCCUGUAGUAUUUACAACCUGUAGUGUUUACCGCCUGUAUUAUUCACCGCCUGUAGUAUUCACAGCCUGUAGUAUUUACAACCUGUAGUAUUCACCGCCUGUAAUAUUCACAGCCUGUAGUAUUCGCCUGUAAUAUUCACCGCCUGUAAUAUUCACAGCCUGUAAUAUUCACAGCCUGUAGUAUUCGCCUGUAAUAUUCACAGCCUGUAAUAUUCACAGCCUGUAGUAUUCAUCGUCUGUAGUAUUCACAGCCUGUAAUAUUCACCGCCUGUAGUAUUCACCGCCUGUAAUAUUCACAGCCUGUAGUAUUCGCCUGUAAUAUUCACCGCCUGUAAUAUUCACCGCCUGUAAUAUUCACAGCCUGUAAUAUUCACAGCCUGUAGUAUUCGCCUGUAAUAUUCACAGCCUGUAAUAUUCACAGCCUGUAGUAUUCAUCGUCUGUAGUAUUCACAGCCUGUAAUAUUCACCGCCUGUAGUAUUCACCGCCUGUAAUAUUCACAGCCUGUAGUAUUCGCCUGUAAUAUUCACCGCCUGUAAUAUUCACCGCCUGUAAUAUUCACAGCCUGUAAUAUUCACAGCCUGUAGUAUUCGCCUGUAAUAUUCACAGCCUGUAAUAUUCACAGCCUGUAGUAUUCAUCGUCUGUAGUAUUCACAGCCUGUAGUAUUUACAACCUGUAGUAUUUACCGCCUGUAAUAUUCACCGCCUGUAAUAUUCACCGCCUGUAAUAUUCACAGCCUGUAAUAUUCACUGCCUGUAAUAUUCACAGCCUGUAAUAUUCACCGCCUGUAAUAUUCACAGCCUGUAAUAUUCACUGCCUGUAAUAUUCACAGCCUGUAAUAUUCACGCCUGUAAUAUUCACCGCCUGUAAUAUUCACCGCCUGUAAUAUUCACCGCCUGUAAUAUUCACAGCCUGUAGUAUUCACAGCCUGUAAUAUUCACAGCCUGUAAUAUUCACAGCCUGUAGUAUUCAUUGUCUGUAGUAUUCAUCGCCUGUAAUAUUCACAGCCUGUAGUAUUCAUCGUCUGUAGUAUUCAUCGCCUGUAAUAUUCACAGCCUGUAAUAUUCACAGCCUGUAAUAUUCACAGCCUGUAGUAUUCAUCGUCUGUAGUAUUCAUCGCCUGUAAUAUUCACCGCCUGUAAUAUUCACUGCCUGUUUUUUCUAAAUUUUUGAAGGUAUUUUGGAAGAAACAAAAGUCUUUUUUCUAUUAAAUUUAUUCUAGUAUCGCCUUUUAUUACACGUUUUGAGUGCUAUAUUCUUGGUGCACAUGAGUCAUGUCUUUAGUGGUAUUUAGAGUUAAGUGCUUUUAGACUGAGGGGCGGUUUAAUUGUAUUUUUUAUUUUUUUCUAAUUGUGGAAGAAUUGUGGAAAGUUCCGAUGACCUCCUUUAACCCCUUAAGGACCAAACUUCUGGAAUAAAGGGGAAUCAUGACAUGUCACACAUGUCAUGUGUCCUUAAGGGUUAAAUUCGCAGGUCCGACAUCUUUGUAGUUUAUCCUUUAAUCCUGUCCUUACAAAGAAAGGAAUUUUCACGUUUUAUGUCUGUAGCAAUGUCAGUGGAUUUUCUUUGAUCUACUACUCACAUUAAAUUACUGCUUAUAGCUAGAAUCAUUUGUUCUGUUUUGCAUUCUGUCUUUCCCACUGAGGCUUAAAUAAUUCCAGUUGAGAUGAAAAAUGUAAAUGUGAGUAUAUAUGUUAUUAUUUGGGACAAUAAAUAUAAUUCCAGUCAAUACUUAAUUAGAAAUUGCUCUGUGCCUUCCAUACCAACAUGUCUUUUUCCAUUUAUUUAUUCAAAAAAAUCCAAUAUAGGUCGUGGUGUUCAUAGACUAUUUAUUUUUACUGGAAACAAAUAAAAACAAUCUUACAAAAUACAAUCGCAUUAUAAUAAUGAAAUAGAAUCAUUUAUCUUUUUUUCUGUUUUACAGGUCAAACAAUUUACCAAUAUUUGUUCAGAUGAACCCAUUAUAUUCAGACUGGAGCUACAAUGGAAUUAAAGGAAUUAUUCCCUCAAUUCUUCAUUACAGUUUGUUAGGAUACAAUUAUUUCAUUCCAGAUGCAGUAGGUAAUUCCCUUUAUCCUAUCUGUCUGAACAGGCAUUAUAGGCUACCUGUAAUACACAGCGUAUAUACUGCUACAAUAAUAAUGUACAGUCAAUGUAUCGAAGAAUAAAAUCCUUCCUUUAUUAUGUAUGCCAACUCUUGAGUGUCCCAUGUUUAAAUAUUCAAUCAGUUUAUAUAUGUCAGUGACGUUUGAUGAAUUUGUACCUUCAUUUAGGUAUCACACCCUAUGCACAAUGGUAAAGAACUCUUGAAUUUCUAACCCACAAAGCAUAGGCCAAAUCAGAAUGGGGAGGUCACAAAAAAAGACAGAGGAAUGCAUUAUUGGUAAUAAUAGUGAUCAAGCUUAAAGGGACACUUUAGUUUAAAACAACAAUUUCAUCUCACUGAAGUGGGUAUAGUGCUUGGAGUCCUCUGGUGCUGUCCAUCCAUUCAGUGUUAAUCCAUUUUAGAGCAGUUUAACACAGAAUUGGGAUCUGGAUGUAGCCAUACUGUAACGGAUCACCUGGUACCUUGACUGGGUACCUCCGUUGAAGGAUGCUCCCAGCGCUUCCCGAGGGCUCCAAGCACUCCAGCAGAUACCUCCAGGCACUGGACGAUACUCAGUCCUGGGAACUCUGGAACCGAAAGGGGAAUUAGCUCUAGUGCUUACAAGGACUUUCCCAGUUGAAUCUCCUGCAAACUGGAACAGCAGACACAGGAGCAAAUAUUCUUCCCUCCAAUAACUGGACGACACACAGUUUUGGAGUGUAAACAGGAACAGACAGAGAUGUGGUUUUAUUGUUUCUUAUAUACAAAUUAUUACACAAUGUUACCACCCACAUGGUUUUGUAGCACAGCCAAUCAAACACGUACAAUACAGUUAAACACUCCCAUUCAUUCCAGCAAAAUCCUCCCCUCUGCCUGUGAUAUAAUUACUGAACACAAUGGGCUAACUUAAUUAUCAAAGGCAGGAAAAUACACAGUUUUACACAAUAUUCAUAACUUUAAAAGUAUACAUCACAUUCACAUAAACUUACAUUUUCAGAAUCAGCAUACUCCAAAUACACACAUAUCCAAAAAUCAUACAAUUCCCUCAGGUGGUUUAAAAGUUAGGUGUGGUAGCUUACUGAUCUCCAGUACAGGGUAUAUUUCCAUUUACAACAACAGUAAAAUACCUAAAAAUACAUAAUUCCUAUUAUAUUUAACAGAAUCCCCACACUUAUCCCCAGAUAGCUUGGAUCUCAGCGCUCAAUAUAUCCGAACCGCGCUCAGAUCCCACGAACAGAAUAAAAUCGCCAUGGCGUUGAAGUUUAGCAAUUGCUGAUGAGAGAUUGAAAAGGGACAGAGCAGCUAGUUUAAACUGGUCUGGCAGUGUCCCUGGGACAACGCCCUGCUGGAGAACAAAGGGACAAAACGGGGAGGGGAAAAGGCACAUUUUCUCAUGGAAUUAAAGGUGUAUAAAAAGUGUGUCACCAUCCAAUGUGCCCAAAUAAUGUUUAUAAAGGGAAAACUCUCCCAGGGGCCAUAGUCAGAAGGCAAGAGGCUGGCAACCAGGCCCCUCCAAAAACCAGUGGCGAGGUCACUUUCGCCACACAUACCAAUUCAUGCCAGCAGUUGACAGCUGUGACAGGCUGAAAGCGAUCACAUAAUACUCUCACCCAAUCACAGUUGCCCAUUGUUGCUCAGGCCAAUGCUUCAUCGCUAGCCCAAGUAGCCCAGAGGGCAUUUAGGAUUAAACAUUUAAAAACAGUUUAACACUGAAUAGAAGGGCAGUGCCAAUGGACUCCAGGCACUAUAAUCACUUCAUUAGAUAAAAUGGUAAGAAUUCCUAGAGCGUCACUUUAAUGUAAUACUCUAAGGUAUAAAGAUGGAAUAAUGCAGCAAUAAAACACAGUCUAACACUAGCCAUGCUAAAGGUUUCAGAACUUGUGAUUUCUUUAGAGUUAGAGAUGUCAGGACCAAUUGAUGGAUUGAUUAAAUGGAGUGAAAGGAAUGGUAGCGUCAAACAGGACAACAAGGAAUUAUACUCAGUCAUUCAGACAUUUAACAAACUCAUCAAUAGCGAGGGAGAGUUUCGGAAAUAUGGAGGAAGUAGAAAACUAUUGAAUUCAUUUUAGAGAGAGAACAAGAAGAGACGGCAGAGAGACGAUUGGAAAUGUUAGAUAUAGUCGAAGGUGGAAAGUCUAAAGAGGAGUGUUAGAUCUGCAUAUUAUCUGAACAGAAUUGUAAUGAAAACCAAAAUAUUUUGUUAGCUUCACAAAAACAGACAAGUAGAGGCAGAAGUGUUGUAACCCAAUAUUUUCUACUUAUAUUUAAAUGGGGAGGAUAUCACUUCCCAGGAUUUGUAGUAUUUAUUUAUACCAAUAUUUAAUAAAUAUUUAACUAAAUUAAGAAUUCCACCUCUUUAUCCUUCAAGUCGACACCUUCAUCUUAGCUCCCUGUCGGUCAUUGUUAUAAACUCUAUCCUUUUCACCUGGCAGUCAGCAUCGAGAGAGCAUAGAGAGAAGAGGAGAAAGGAAACUCUUUAAUUUUCCUCUUCAUCUGCAGUGUUUGCCCUAAUUUUACCUUGUCUGAACUGGAUUAUGAUGUCAUUUGCUACAUCAUUCAUUUACAUUUUAAGAAACAGAGCAUCUCAAGAACAAAAGAGUCGAGACAGAUUAUAGGUGAUUUUCAGUGAUUUGUUUCCCAUUUAAUUAGGUGAAAAACAGUCUUUCACCAACUACUGCCUGUAUUGUAUCUAUCCAAGCGCUGUAACCACUUCAGUGAGAUGAAAUUGUUGUAUUAACUAGAGUGUCCCUUUAAGCUUGGUCAGUCCUAUCAAGCUGCCUGCGUGCCACUGUUCCGUCACUGCCCUUACUGAGGAAGUGAAUACAGAUGAUGGACACUCUUACCUCUGCUGCCCCUAAAUCUUCUCUGAAGUUUGCUUUUAUCAAAUAGCCAUUGCCACUAGAAACUAGACUUCUUAUAAUGUUCUUAUGACAAGUUUAUUGUUGGCUGCAAAGAGAAUAACUAAUGCAGCUGACACAUUUAUCUGAAAUGUUGUUACAUUUUCAAAGCUCUCAGCUAUGCCAAGCUAUUGCCUGAAGUAAAUAAUUAAAUGAAGUGUAUUGCAGUCUUGCAGCUUAGUUGGGCUAAUGGGCUCAGCAUUUCAUUAUAACACUUUAUGUAACUUUAUGGAAGCAGUUUUUGUGUAUUGUAUUAACUAUUUAAAGGAAAACUGUAAAGUCAAAGAGAGAUCUAACGUUUCCAUCAUUUACUAAAUGAUGUGACCUGGCUAGUUUUGAUGACCGUACCUACAUUAUUAAAUGUUUUUAUACGUGGAUCUUUUUAAUUACAUCACUAAAAAUAAUAUCUACGUGGGGCAUGCCUAUUGACUUAUUGAGGGUACAAUAUUAUCCUUUUUUGGGACUGCUAAAGUCCUCUUGCCUAUAUUUCACUUAUUUUAUACAAUUAAAAAUAUGUAGCUUAUAGUAAAAUAUGCUGCCAACAAGAUUAAUGCCUAAAACAUAUUGCAUGAAAAGGUUGUCAGUUCUUUAUCGCAAUUCCUUUCUGGUUCUUCUUUAUGAAAUCUCUAGAAAACAAAAUCUUGAUAGAGAACUUCCAUUGACACAUUGAAUAGAAAGACUCCCGCUAUGUGUCUCCGUCAUGGAUAAGUAUUCUGUUUCCACAUGCUUUCACCUACUCUGCCUUAACAUAGGCCAAACACCGCACAAAGCUGGUAGACUAAAACAAGUACAUUACUAUAGAGCAGGGGUCCUCAAACUCCGGCCCCCCAGAUGUUGCUGAACUACAACUCCCAUGAUUCUUUGAAUUACAUAGCUAGCCAGAGAAUCAUGGGAGUUGUAGUUCAGCAACAUCUAGGGGGCCGGAGUUUGAGGACCUCUGCUAUAGAGCAUAAAGGGAAUAAUGGGUACAUAGCUAGAAUCUUAAAAUGUUAUAGAAUUAAAUGUUGGUUUUCAAUCUUGUAGCAGACUUGAUAAGUACUGAACCGUAAUAUACAGUCAGGUCCAUAAAUAUUAGGACAUUGACACAAAAUUCUAAUCUUUUUGGCUCUAUACACCACCACAAUGGAUUUAAAAUGAAAUGAACAAGAUGUGUUUUAACUGCAGACUUUCAGCUUUAAUUUGAGGGUAUUUACAUCUUGUUACAUCCAAAUCAGGUGAACGGUGUAGGAAUUACAACAGUUUGUAGGCACAAACUGGCACAAAAAGUGCGAGGCACAUAUACAAACUGUUGUAAUUCCUACACCGUUUACCUGAUUUGGAUGUAAAUACCCUCAAGUUAAAGCUGAAAGUCUGCAGUUAAAGCACAUCUUGUUUGUUUCAUUUCAAAACCAUUGUGUUGGUGUAUAGAGCCCAAAAGAUUAGAAUUGUAUCGAUGUCCCAAUAUUUAUGGACCUGACUGUAUGUACACCAAUGCAGAAAUUCUAAUGAUUAAAAAUGAGUUAAAAUGUCAUAGUUAUUAUAUUAUACGCACACUGUUGCAACGUUCUGGCAUGUUUUAUUGGGAAUGCCCUGAUUGAUUAUAAGUCGUAGUAGCUGGUUGAUAUCCAUGCUAAUAUUUUGUGGUUAUACAAGUCCCAUAGACAUGGAUAUAUUACUAGCAUAGAGUUCCAUUUGUAUUCCAGCAUCAAAACAGAGAGCAUUGUGGGUCAGUAACUCGGAGCACUCCUCAUUCGUCUUUCUAUAAAAGGGGCAUUUCUAGGUAACUCAGGGCAGCCCCAUGGAGUUCAGCACCAACAGAGGACAAUAUAAAACCAGUGUAGACAAGCUCUGUGGGAAUAAAACGGGCAUGAGUUUAUGUAUACGGAAUAGAACUAGACGAUUGCCUUACCAAUGUAUUUUUUAACUAAUUUUUUUUAACUAUGGAUUUAUGAUGCCGAUAGUAUUUGUGAUAGGAAUGGCAAUGAAAUAGAGCAGUAAUUCCGGGUGAUAAUAAAUAUCUGUCCUUUAAGACAGCAAUGGACAACUUGUCUCCAAUUGCCGAUAGUCAUGUUAAGUAUCAUCUGGUCACUCAUCAUCUUGUAAAGUGUCAGUGUUGCUGCUUUGGAACUUUCCAGACAGAGUUUCCACUGCAGAGACUUGGUGUCAAGACGUACAAAUGAGGACACAAUGUUUUUUUAAAAAAGACCAUUGAAAAGUUGACAGAUUGCAAUAUCGUUGAAGGAGAGGGUUCUAUAUUAAUUUCUAAUUGCAAAACUGGAGCCGAACUGAGGUAGAGAAAGGUUAACAAUGACUUUCUUUCCAACUUUCAGCUUUUAGUUCUAUUAAACUGAUGUAAUAAUGUACGGAGCAAAAAUAAAGCAAACAGCUCAACUGAUAUUUCUGUUAAUGGCGUUGGCUUGUUGUCCUCUUUUUACCUGCAUUGAGACAUGAUAUAGUGCUAUCAUGCAAAACUAUUCAACAAGUAACUAAAAUUUACAUUUCAAUCUAUCAGACGACCCUCUGUAUAUUGAUAUUUACUUAACGCUAGGACGUUCAGAAUACAGUCCGUUUUUUAUCUACAAGUUGUUACGGUACCUUUCUCAGCUGUUGGCUUACAGAUAAUUCUGUGAUUUGUGGUCCAACAGGAACUGAAAUUCCAAGGCUGGACCCCCUGUACUAAUUCUAUAAUUGAACCACAUUGCUCACAUAGCAGAUUGGGUCUCAGGUAUAUCCCAGGUACAGGCAUUCAGGAGUCACAUCUAUGGCAGGUUUUACUAUCUCUGAAACAUGACAAUAUGUUUUGGUAACAUUGUUAAACCAAUGAUUUUAUGUGGCACGCUUAACUGACCCAGUGAUAUGAUCAUUCUAUGAAUUUAUUUAAUAUUUAAAUAAAAUUGACAUUGCUAUUGUGAAUCAGCUUACUCUUGGAUCUCUGGCUUUUGUCAAACUGCUCUAAAAUGGUUUGAAACUUGGGGCAUGGUGUCUGCUGUCUAACCACUGUAUCGGCUUGUAUUGGUCAUAAUGUCUAGAAUGACCAUUUAAGAUUCUCAUGUAGCUGGUAGGUUAAGGUUUGCAAGCACAUAUUGCAAAAAGAAGGGACACAUAAUAGUGCAUAUAGGAAUAGAAUCUCCUUGUUUGGGAUAGAGGGAAUACAAAGGCUGCAGACAGCACAUCUGUAACUUUUGCAAGCAGUAUUAAGAUAUACCCGUAAUAAAUUUAAAAAAAAGCAUAAUUAAAUGCAUGCAUGUUUUCCUUGGGAGAACAUCUAUUAAAUUGUGGGGUUUUUUCAUUUUGUUUUUAAAUGUAUUUUGUGUUUGGGUAAUGGAAUGCACCAUUACGUAGCAUUCUAAGUACCAGUGGGGCACUGCAAUUUGCAGGUAUUUGUGUAUUCUAGGAAUGAGACUUUAUUUUUAUUUCAUUGAAAUGUGUUUAGGAUUUUGAGAGAAAUAAAGCAUGGACUAUGGAUUUUUCGGAGUUUAUUUAAGCAACCAUGACUUCGCCCUUUGACGUGUCCCUGGGUAAAGUGUGGGUUUACAAGGGUCUAUUGUAAAGUCGAGGCGACCCAAUCAAAAGUCACUCACACUAUACUUACUACACUGAUGUAUUAUAUUGACUUAAUACAACGCUGAUGUUUAACUAAGAAGUGUGUUCUGUAUUUUCAAACAGGCCAUAAGCAACGAAGAGAUCCCGUGUGCUUACAGACACAUAUGUGCUUAAUGUCACAUACAGUAAACACAGUUCCCAGGUUCAAACCACGCAUCUGUACUAUACAGCUCAUUGCAUGCUGUUAUUGCAGUAUGCAAAAACCAAUCUAAUAUAUUUUACAAAUCUGUUUACUCACAUUUUAUUGAUUAUAAAGGCUAUAUGUUUCUGUAAUUUUUAAUAUUCCUUCAAAACAAUAUUCAGGCAUUGGGAAAUGGAACAACAGCGCUACUUGAAUGUUAUUGAAUUGCCAGAGUUCUAAUAAAACCAUUCAUAUAAAACAUGUAUCAUUCACCAUUUCAAGCUGUAUAGCAUUUUGUAACGUUUAUGUCAUAUUUUCAUCUCAAGGAGGAACAUUAUCGGGAGAAUUUUUAACAGAUGAAGAGUUAUUUAUACGUUGGCUGCAAAUUAUGACGUUCCUACCUGUCAUGUCCUUCAAUACUCCACCAUGGGUCUGCUGUGAUGACUGGGUGAGUGAGAUACGUUUCACUGAGGAUGACAAGAGGUAACUGGAUGAUAGUGCACUUUUUAUCUAGUGUUGAUUAAUGCUCUUGCAAACUAUUUUAUACCCUUCAUUUUACAAUAGUAAAACAUGACAACUUAUAAGUGGCAAUUUAUAAUGUGCAUUAAGAAACAUAUUUUAUUGAAUGAUACUUCAACUAUAGCACAUAUUUUAUUGCGUACAUUAAAUAUGUUCCUCUAUUGGGUUCUGUUUUAGGAUGACAGUUAUUAUGGGCCCUCGAAGGAGAUUUUCAGAGGUUAUCAUUCUCUGAUGAGCUCAAUCAUUAACUCAUUUGAUCUAAUCAUGAAACAGAGAAGGAGAAGUCUGACUAUGUUUCCUUCUCUAGACUGGUGGAUGACUCAUAAAUGGCUCCAAGAACCGCACCAAACACGCUGGAACAAGUUAGAGAUGGAGUCAUCGAGGGUCACCAAAAUGAUAGCCCUGAUAACCUGGGAAAAUUCUCGUGUAUUGAAUGAACUGCUAUAACAAUGUAACAAUGAAAUCUAUCUGAAAGAAUUUAUAGUGUAAUAAACUGUAAUUACUUCCAUUCAGGUAUAUUCUAUUUCAUUACAUUGUUACAUUUCAUUCAAUACAUCAGAUAUCAUUUGAUCUGUUUAUCAGGAAGAUCUGUUCCUUGUGUGUUUAAGAAUUAAGAAUAGGGUUAAGCCCUGGCAGUGUUGGUGCUUUCCUGAAGGCCUGGAGUCACGGGGAUCGUGGUAGUUUUCAUGUUUUGAUUUUAUCUUGGUUCCCAAAAUGAUCCAGCAUUUAUUGUCAUCCAUAUAGUUAUACCCUUAAUACGCCCAUUUAUGUACUGCAGCCUAAAAUAUCUAUGGUUGAAUAGCCCAUUUUAUUUUACGUUACAGUAGAUGCUCAUUCCUCUGCACACAUGGUUCACAGUCCUUAUAUUUACUUUAUUUGGAUGAAUAUCACAUAUUUUCUGUUUUCAUUUUGAUACUUUUAUUAUGUUUGUUAAAUUUUUAAAACAUAUACUCGUUAUGGUACUGAGCAGAACCAGAAAAACACCCUGAUUCUUUGUAACCCUUAAAAAAUGUAUUUAUUCUCUUUAUGAAAUAGGUCUUAAAUCUUACACGACAAUAUAUCCAGAAACAUCAAGACUUUGUUGUUCCCCUGCUGACAAAAUAUGCUGAGGAGUGGCUCAGCUCUGGGAUGCCUAUCUACAGACCAAUUUGGUGGCUCAGUCCAGAUGACCCGAGGGCAUUCACAAUAGACAAUCAAUUUCUAAUAGGAGAUGAGGUAAGCAUUAAAAACAUAAUCGUGAAGACCCCCUCAGGGUGGCAUGCAAGCAUGAUGUGAAGUAACCUAGAAGAAUUGUUUGAGGGAGAUAUACUAACAAUUCUGGCUUCAGCUCCUUGCAAAUAAUGCACAAGUUAAACUCUCGUGCAUGUGUGAAUAUACAAAACAGAGGUCUAAGGAAAAUAUCACAAAACCUACAUAAAAGCAUGUGAGAAUAUACUUACAAAGGACAGAGAUGCUUUAUAGUAAAAUGUAAAAAACAAAAACAAAACAGAACAUAUAAUAAUCAUAUUUUUUCACAAAGAGGAAAAUUUUUAAUAAAUAAUUGCAUGGUCCUUUGCACCCUAGUUGAGUUAAGCCAUCCUAGUGUAUGUUCCUUCAAAAAAAUGUGCUCUAAAUAAUUUGCCAGUUCUAUGGCUUGCAUUUUAUUAAAUACCUCAUUUCAUGUAGACAUUAUUGAAACAAAUAGAUUAUUCUACAAAUCUGCACUAACUGAUCAAAGCUUCUAUAUAAAAGUAAAAGUGAAAGGUUCUGUUUUGAAGUUGAAGCCAAUUAGUCAUCUUUUCCUUUGGAAAAUAAAAGCCUGAAUGCAACAUCUGUAUUUGCUAAAAAAAAUAAUAAGAAUAGGAUAUUUCCAGAGCAAUCUGCUAUCGGAUUCGGAUAACAUAAAUUUGUCAAUCUAUACACAAAAUAAGGAUCAUGGAGAGAUAAUAUAUCUAUCUUGUUUGUCGGUUGUGGGUAAUAACAUUUUGCUAUACCUCAAAUAGACUCAAUAAACUGAAGAUCUUAGUUGACACCUUAGUUUCACCCCCUCAUGUUUUUGUAUCUGUGCAUCUUCCUUGGUCUCUUUUUUUUAAUUUAAUAAUCGAUUGUCUGCCCAUCUCUCUGCUUUACCACCACCAAACUUUCAUAAAAAUUAACCAUAAAUAAAUCUAACUUGCCCGCAUUUUCUUGAAUGGUGUAUCUGUUCCACUAAGGGAGCCCAAGAGUUCUCCACAUUUCCUCCCCAUGCUAAAUGUGGCUUUUAAAGGUACAUGAUAGUCGCACAGAUCACUUAAUCUCAAUGAAAUGGUCUGGGUGCCGUGUCCCUUUCUCCUUCACCCAGUUUAUCAGAAACUGCAAUGUUUACUUGGUGGAGUUAGGCAUGACAGCCACUGGAAGCAAUUCCGCUGCACUGACCCAGGAACACUGGGUCAUGUGAUGUGGAGGCCCUAUAGGAAGUCAUUGAUUCCAUGUUUUCCUAUGGGGAGGUUUAAAUGCAUGUAGUGCUCGCCGCACAUGAGCAUUUGGUACCCCCAACCCUCCUCUAUGAGUAGCAUUGGAUUGGACCAUCAUGGAGGAGAUGUAAGCAGCACUGAGGGAGCACUGGCACUGUAAAAGGUGAGCAUAUCUUUAUGUCAUUACAUUUUUAUUGCAUGGGGAGAGGGGGACUAGGAAACGAUUAGGGAUGGUGACAUUGUAGUGUUAGAAAUACAUAUUUGUAUUCCCAAUGCUAUCAUGGUCCUUUAAGAGGGCAGGGAUGAUAUGAUAAUAUACCCAGGUGACAUCAUUGUGGGGUCAAUCACAAAAUAAGGGGGUUGAGGUGACAAAAGCCAGGCAGGUAAGUACUCAGAUCAUCCUUCUUACUUCCCAAGAUAGGAACUAAAGUUUGGGGCUCUUUUCAAUUACCAAGCCCUGGGCAAGGUUUAGCUUACUUACCUUUUAUAGUCUAAUAUUUUUUUUUUUUACGUUAAAGUUACAGUAAAAAGUAGCGUUUCUUUAAUCUCCCCAAAAAACAUUCCUUUAAUUUUAAGGACUUAUAGCACAGAAUCCAUACAUUCUAAAGAAGCAACUGCUAUUUGAAGUGGCAAUCACCAAUGCAACCCCUUUCCGUUUAGUGAUGGAAGACUUGUCAUAUUUCAGGAGGCAGGAAGAAAUUAUCAGGGUUAUUCACUGAAGUGAUUCUUGCCAAGAAUCCUAUGUUAAUUUAAAUUUUAAUAACUCCAGUUUAUUUUCAGGGAAUGCUUGUAAUAUAAGCCCUGCCCUGACAAUAAACUCUAGUUGCUAGUCUCAAGUUCGCUAUGUUUGGGGAAUUUUCCCUGAACGUAGAUUCAUGGGAUUUCAUACCGAACGUAGACCUACACAUGCUUGCUAGCGUUUUUUCCCGAAACAAGACACUGCCAAAAAAUAAGCCCUAGUGCGUUUUUUCGGGCGAAAAAUUUAUAUAAAACCGGGUCUUAUUUUCGGGGGAAACACAGUAUGUUUCCAGUUCAACUACUUUGUCCUUAAAUUUAAAUUCACUUUGCAUGUUUAACGUUAGUAAAUACCCUCUGGAUUUGGUCAAUGUUAACUCAUGCGAUAUAUUGGUAGAUAAAGAGUACUAGAACUGGGAUCAUUGAUGAGAUAAUUCUCCUUCCCCUCAGAUGCUGAUCGCACCCAUGACAGAACAAGGCGAGGUUCAACGAGACAUUUUUCUUCCAGGAAAUGGCUAUCAAUGGGUGGACACAAAGACCUCCCAGGUGUUUGACGGCGGUACCAUUCUGAAAAGCUAUUAUUGCAGUUUGCUGGAGAUUCCAGUUUUUAUCAGGAAAACCACAUAGUCAGAACUCUUAUUGAUAAGACAUACAAAUAUCACUUCUGAGAAGAAAAUUACUAUAGAAGUGUCUCUUAUUUAGAGAUGACUGCACUUUUCUACGCACUCCAAGGAUCAUAUGCUUUUAUUUUUAAUUAUCUUUCGUUACAUUAUUAUUAUUAUUAUUUUUGUCUAUGUCCAGAUUUUGACUCAUUUACCUUUGCCACCACGGUUUCAUCUUCUCUUACUGAAUAACGGUGUGAUGUGAUAUUAAAGGCGCAGACCAAUAUCCACUAUUAUGUGUUGCAAAAAAAAGUCUUAGUAAAUUACUUGCAAUAUCUACCUCUCUCUAUUAACAAAGUGAUUUAAAACAGCUCAGCGUCUGUUUGUUUAUUUUUAGAUUUUUUUAAAUGAAAUGAAUAUCCAUUCCAUAAAGUCUUAUGUUGACUAAGCACACAGUUUACUCGUCACUGGAGGUAACUUUGAUGGGACACAUAGAUUUAUCAACGUAUUCUGUUCUAAAAAGUGGUGCAAACAUAUAAAAUGCGGAGGGGUUCCCAAUGGAAUGUGCUUGCUGGUUCUAUUGGUUACAGAUAACCUGUUACUGUCCCGUUCUCGCACCCGACCCUAGACUCUCGCCUGUAGGACUUCUCCAGGUUGUAAGUGUCAUCCCAGGGGACAUCCGAUUUUCUCUGUCUCUGCAGUCCUUCAAUAAAUCCCUAAAAUAGCACAAUUCUUUAGAGAUGUCUAUGUCUAUGAGCUCUUGUGUAUUUGUCCCUUAUCCCUUUAGAUUGUGAGCUUCACUGUUUCCGUAUGUCAUACGCUUUUUGUUCGGAUGUAAUGUUUGUCUCAUUUGCUUAUUGUAGAGCACUGCAGAAUAUAUUUAAACUGUUAGCGGGUUUUCAUUCCUCACCUCUCCACAUGACUUCUCUCCUGCAGCUGUCAAAAAUAACUCAAGUUCUCAGUAAAUACUUUUUUAACAACCUACUUCACUACCCCUACUUAUACCCUUUGUGUUUCCAUACCCCACUCCCUCUAGCAUGUAAGCUCAUUGAGCAGGGCCCUCAACCUCUCUGUUCCUGUACGUCCAUUUAUCUGGUUACAAUUACGUGUCUGUUAGUCCACCCAUUGUACAGCGCUAUGGAAUUUGCUGGCGCUAUAUACAUAAUAAAAUAAUAAAUAUUAAUAGUAUGUUGGCACUAUAUAAAAAAUUGUAACUGUGAUUGCCUCGGUUUUAGUACCUAAGAAGACUUUUUAGAACAGAACACUUUGAUUGUUCCUUCGAUACUUGUUCUGAUGUCAUAGGUUUACUUACUCGGAAAGAUUAUAUUGUCAUGUGUCAGAUGCAUUCUAAGCGGUGACUGAGAACUUAAUCCAGGCUCUGAGCGUAGGGUGAUGACCUCACAAAAAAGAAUCAGGACUACAUUGAAUUAUUCUAAGAUAUCUCACAUUGUACAUUGAUAUUAAUUAAAAAAAUAUAUCAAAAUCCUUAAAAUAUUUGUCCCUGAAAUAUGUGUGGUUCUAACUGUCACCUUACGAAAUAUCAUAUCGAUCAUUAAAGCAUACAUUCAGGGUCUCUCUUUGUUUUUAUCUAACUACUGAAUAGAUUUUUUAAAUGAUACUUAUGAUAUAAUAGAUAUAUAAUAGAUGGUACAAUCUCUUUUAUCAGGAUCAUGCUUGAAACAAUAAAAUACAUGGUAUAUAACUACCCCUGUUUCUUGGUUUAUGGAUCAGUUAUUAAAUAUGUAAAAACAUUUUGAAGAAACAUAUAAAUUAAAGUGUCAAACAGGAGCUAAGGACCAGAUGCAUGAUGUAUAUUGGACUCUCUAACCAAAUAAUCCGGGGAAUAUGAAGGAAAUAAAAAUGAGCUUGUUGAUUCGUUCAUUUUUUAUUUAUUUUUGUUUUGUUUUUUUAUGUCCACAUUUGUGUGACGGACUAGCAAUUUAUUUAAAGCUACAAUACUAUAUAUGAGGGCAGCUGAAUAAUGCUUUUUGUGUGUUUGUUGCGGUUUACGUUUGUUGUAUCGUUUACACUCACACUCACACUGUCAUGUGAAUGAAGCACGUUAAUACAUUUUUAUAUGAUUCUGAUUAAUCGUUUCAGUACCAGAAUUGUGUAUACCAAUAUUUUCUUUAAUUUUUAAUUGCAACACAACUGCUGGAUUAAAUUUAGUGCAUGGAAUCUCACUUGCCUUCCUUUUUGGUCCAGAACUAAAGCUGUGAAAGAAGUUACAAGAAUUUCUCUACCAUACCCUCAUUUUUCCCUAUACCUCGGG